GAAUAACAUACCAGCAGAAGUGUAAGUUUGAAUCACAUCUGGAUUGAAUAUAAUGCUAAAAGUGACCUGUAGUAUUGCAUCGUCAGUCCCGUUCCGAUUCCUUGUUGGACCCAACCGGCGAGAAUUCACCAUACAUUCUGCCCUCCUAUCAUACCUGUCUCCCGUGCUUGAUAAGUUGGUAAACGGAAGUUUCUCCGAAGCUGCUGAAAAAUGCGUCACUUGGGACUCUGUAGAUGAGGACACCUUUAUCAGAUUCUGGCAGUACGCCUACACGGGGAAAUAUACCGUCGAUCUCUCGGUAACUGGACUUCAAUCAGAACCCCAAGCCGCUCAGGAAGCGGAGAAACGGACCGCCCAAGAAGCGGUCGAAGCUGCCACAGUCGCCAAAGAAGAGAAGGAAAUCGUGCAGCUCGUUGUCAAGAGGGACAAUACGUUGCGGGGCCUGUCAAGCAAGGAUGAGAGGAGGCUGAUUGAGCUUCAGGCCAAGGCCGCAAGGAGAGCCGCCCGCGAGGCCGAGAGGCGCGCUGAAAUCGCCGAAGAGGAGGAGGAACUGACGGAAUUACUCCGUAUGCAGGACAGGAGACCUGUACUGGCAGCAGAAGAUCGCGAGCGGCUGGUCCACCUUUUAGAGAGGCAAUCAUCUAGGAAAAGGGAGGGACAGGCCGCAAGCGAAAGCGAACGUGAGGCCCCGCCAGGAGAGCUGACAAUCCGUGAGGCUCAGUGGAAUGCAUUCAAACGUCAGGGAGCUUCUGCCUCUUCCGGCACAUCUUCUUCCACAGGUCCCUUCCAAAGAGCAGCGGCCAGGAGCAACCAGGCGCAUGAAGAUUACACAAGCACGUUCCUCUCCCAUGCACGACUCUACGUUUUUGCAGAAUGCUACGGCGUCACCGGAUUAAUGGAGCUUUCGCUAAAUGAAUUACACGCCGCCUUGGUCGCGUUUACGCUAUAUGAAGAAAGGGUCAACGAUGUAGUAGAGCUGGUGCGUUACUGCUAUGAAAAUUUGGUUCCCGACGCUUUGAGAGAGAUGAUUACUCUAUACUCGGUCUGCAAGAUUGAGAAGCUGUGGGUGAGCGAGGAGUUUCAAGCACUUGUGGAGGCUCAUGGGGAGCUAUCGAGGUCUUUGAUUGGGCACAUGGUGAAGGCGUUGUAGUGUGAUGAAGCAGAAUAUUGGAAGCAAGAAUUUGGUAUCCGUUGAUGUUAAUAUACGAAAAAGAGAUGGGCAAGUUG